AUGUUUAAUUAUACAGUAAAUGUUCCCAAUAUUCUACACUCUAGCAUUUCGUCUGUGUCAGUUUUUAAUGGGCUUAACUUCUCUAACUGGAGUGAACAAGUUCAAUUUCACCUUGGUGUUUUGGACCUUGAUCUUGCUCUUCAGGAGGAGAAGCCUACUGAUAUUACUGAUACUAGCAGCAAUGAAGAAAAGACCCAUUAUAAAGCUUGGGAAAGAUCAAACAGACUUAGCCUGAUGUUCAUGCUAAUGAGUGUAGCAGAAAAUAUAAAGACAGCUCUUUCCAAAACUGAAAAUGCAAAACAAUUUAUGAAAAAUGUGGAAGAGCGCUCCCAAACUGCUGACAAGUCUCUUGCUAGGACAUUAAUGAGUACACUAACCAACAUAAGGUUUGAUGGUUCGUGUACCAUGCAUGAGCAUGUCGUCGAAAUGACGAACAUUGCUGCAAGGCUUAAGUCCUUAGGCAUGACCGUGGAUGAAAGCUUCCUUACUCAGUUUAUUCUUAACUCAUUACUGACUAAGUAUGGGCCAUUUCAAGUGAACUAUAAUGCCAUGAAAGAUAAAUGA